CCACCCUGCUCCGCCGACACAAUCGCAUUGUGUUACACGAGAUCCUGACCUUGCGUCCGAUUGCUGUCAACUGCAAGUCUCGAAGUGUCUUGUGUUUUUGUGCAGACUGUGAGCUCAGCCAGCCACCCAAAAUGGCGGUCUGCUUCGUCUGUAUCCUGCAGUCACACCGAACAACUGCAGGUAGGGCUAAACUCGGGGCUACUCCAGGCUUCCAGCUGGCACAGGUAGCCCCAUAAAGCGGGGCUCUCCGGUCUUGGGGGUAUCAAUACAGUGAACUUCUCUGUGACGCCACGACCAUUUUCCGAAGGAACCUGGAGAACGAAGGACAACGAGAGAAACAUGUAGGCAUUCGUUCUCAAUACCGCUAUCAUUUUCAAGGAGAUUAUCUGAAGGAAAUCCCAACCCACAGAUCUCAUGGCACAAUGACAAAAGGAAGCAGAUAUAUCCGAGAGUGGAAUGACGAUGCCAAUCCCUCCAGUCAACUGGGCGACGACACAAGGAAGCUCCUGGCCGAGUACGCCAAGUUGGAGGCAAAAUCAGGAGUCAUGGAAAAACAUGUCAUACAAAUUGCCAAAGAAGCAUUCGGAAUCGAAAGUUUCCCCUGUUUUCAGAAAUUCACGUUUCUCCAAUUCUAUCUCUGCCGAUCCCCGAAAUACCAGCUCAUCCUAGAGGAGAUCAAAGCCGGUAAUCUGUUUCUAGAUUUGGGCUGCGGGCUCGGCCAGGAAAUCCGCCGCCUCGUGUACGAUGGGGCCCCGUCCGAGAACCUCAUAGCGCUGGAGCUACAACAAGGCUUUGUUGAUCUGGGGUACAAGCUGUUUCAGGACAGAGAACACCUCAAGUCCAACUUCCUAGUCCAGAGCUUCUUUGAGGACACGCCCGAGAUCAUGGGCCUGGCGGGGAAAGUGAGGGUCAUCAACUCCGGGAUGUUCAUGCAUCUGUGGGAUUGGGACGCUCAGGUCAAGGCGGCAAAGCGGAUGAUCAAGCUGUUGACGGCAGAGAAAGGGGCAAUCAUUGCCGGUCUGCAUUUUGGCUGUCCCUCUCCAGGAAUGUGGAAGGCCGUGAAGGAUAGUCCGAUGUUCAUACACAAUCAGUACUCGUUGAAAGGCCUUUGGGAUCAGUGCGCGCACGAGACGGGGACAUCUUGGGACUUUCAGUGUGUUGUUGAAAAGUCCGAGGAUUGGCAGGAUCUUGACCCUGAGGCUUUGAAUCUGAGGUGGACGGCAGUGAGACUUUGAUAGUAUGACAGAUUAAUACCUCUAAGACUAUAUAAUCAACGACCAGGUUAAAUAGAUUAAUUCCUAUUAUUAGCCGG